UAAGAAAUAGCCAGAGAGCAGACUUGGCUCACUUGCUAAGUCCGAUUCAUAACUCACUUCACAGCAUAGUGAUAGCAGCAGUUGAAAGACAAGAUGGGGAACAGCAAAACAACCCAAUGCCAAAAGAAAGAGAAGCAGGAGAAAGAGAAAUGUUAUGACCCCGGAGACAAGACGCUCAAGUUUGUGAACAGAGAUGACGACAUUAUUGGCGGGGUUAUAUAUGAGUCUCUGAGGGCAGAGAUGUCCUGUGGUCACGCUGUCACCCCAGAGUCAUUGACCAGAUGGUGCCUAAGCCUACUCGAUAAGAAAAAGUGCACAUUCAUUUGCCCUGCAUCACGUGAUGAUGGUGAAAUGUGUGGUGCGGAGUGGUCUUACACAGAAGUGCGUAAACUGGCUCUUCUGACUCCUGAGGAGAUGAAGAAAUUUGAGGAGACAAUGGCUGACUUGGUUUCAGCCCAGAACUCUUACAAAUCGUGUCCAGGCUGCAACUCAUAUGUUGCAAGGACUGACCUCUCCAACCUGAGAGUCCACUGCACAGUGUGCUCAGCAGAAAAGGGCCAGAUGUACGAGUUCUGCUGGCUGUGCCUGCAGCAGUGGAAAGGUUCACAACAGAGUUCUGACUACUGUGACAACAAUGACUGCAUGACUGAUCUGGAACUGCUGAAGACCUGCCCUACUGUCACAUUUGCUGAUGUCCAGGGGGUCACCGGCUGCCCAUCCACACGUGCCUGUCCCACCUGUGGUGUAUUGUUAGAACACGAUAAGACUGGCUGUAAAAAUAUAGAAUGCAAGAAUUGCAAUAAAGAGUUCUGUUUUGUUUGCCUUAAGCUCACAACUGAGUGCUUGAAGACCAGCAAAUACUACAUAGGCUGCUCUGCUGGUGUGGCCCCCAGGCAGACUGCUAUACCCUCAUGGAGUGAUAAAUAAAGAUUUUAUCCAGGUGUACCACUUUCCUUCCUACGGGCACUUGAAUUACUUACACUGAUGCAGAACAGGCAUAAUAGCACAGCAAUUGGCAUGUAUUAACACAAAAAUAUUAUUGAAAAUGUCAAUGUAUUGGUACCUAACUCAAAUUGUGUAUAAAGUCAAUAUGUGCGUAGUAAUACAUGUGUAAGAAUGUGUAAUAAUGUAUUAGAUUCUAUAAUGUUUCAUGAUUAACAAUCCAUAUACUACUGAUUAUUAUCUGAUCUAUUUCUGUUGUUUUAUCUGUGCCUGAAACAAAAAGAAAAACGCAAAUAGAAAUAAUAAUAAUUUCAAAAAUGUAAUCAAUGGUCAACAGAAAUGUUUGCCCACUUAAAAUAACCUGGAUGUUUUAGAAAAAGUUUUAUGAAUGCGGUUGUUGUAUGAGACAUACAUUGCUGAUAAUAUUUCCAUAAUCAUGUUAUUGUCAACCCUAACCCUAGGUAUUGUUCAAGGGGUCCUCUUCUAAAUAUGUUACCAGUAUUGUGAUAUUGUUUCCUUUAUCAAUGAUUUCCCACUGGGUACAAGAACAAUGAAUCAUCAAACAAAUACACAUAUUUAAUAAUAGUUAUAUAAUAAUGAUAAUAAUGAUAGUAUCAACAGAAAUGAUAGUAAUAAUAACACAUUUAAUUUGUGUAGAGCUUUGCAUGACUCUCAACACUUUUACAUAAACCAAGCACACCAAGACAAUUGUGAAGAGGGCACGACAAAACCUAUUCCCCCAUAUGAGACUGAAAAGAUUUGGGUGUGUCCUCAGAUCCUCAAAACGUUCUACAGCUGCACCAUAGAGACUGGUUGCAUCACUGCCUGGUAUGGCAACUGCUCAGCCUCCGACCACAAGGCAAUACAGAGGGUAGUGCGAACGGCCCAGUAAUUCACUGGGGCCAAGCUUCCUGCCAUCCAGGACCUCUGUACCAGGUGGUGUCAGAGGAAGUCCCUGAAAUUACCAAAGACUCCAGCCACCCUAGUCAUUAACUGUUCUCUCUGCUACCGCACGGCAAGUGGUACCAGAGCGCCAAGUCUAGGUCCAAGAGCCUUCUAAACAGCUUCUACCCCCAAGCCAUAAGACUCCUGAACAUCUAGUCAAAUGGCUACCCAGACUAUUUUCAGGGCCCCCCCCCCCCACCCCCUCUUUACACCACUGCUACUCUCUGUUGUCAUCUAUGCAUAGUCACUUGAACAACUCUACCUACAUUUACAUUUACAUUUAAGUCAUUUAGCAGACGCUCUUAUCCAGAGCGACUUACAUGUACAUACUACCUAAACUAACUGGUGCCCCCGCAUAUUGACUCUGUAUCGGUACCCCCCUGUAUAUAGUCUCGCUAUUGUUAUUUUACUGCUGCUAUUGAAUUACUUGUCACUUUAAUCUCUUAUUCUUAUCCAUACUUUUCUGAAACAGCAUUGUUGGUUCGGGGCUCGUAAGUAAGCAUUUCACUGUAAUGUCUACACCUGUUGUAUUCGGCACAUGUGACUAAUAAAAUUUGAAUUGAUUUGACAUGAUGAAACAAUAUCCAAUUUGUCGUGCCUUCAGAAAGUAUUCAUACCCCUUCAUUUAUUUUACAACUUUUUGUUACAGACUGAAUUCAGAAAGGAUUCUUUUACAAUUCUCACCCAUCCACACACAAUACCCCAUAAUGAUAAAGUGAAAACAUGUUUUUACAUUUUUUUGAAUAUGUAUUAUCUUAAAUAUAGAAAUUAUGCAUUAUGCAGCUGUGAGUCCUUCUGGGUAAGUCUCUAAUAGCUUUGCAAACCUGGAUUGUACAAUGUUUGCACAUUAUUCUUUAAAAUAAAUAUUCAUGUUC